GAGAUUUGAGCUACCCGAAUAGAACGAAAAGGACUGGCUCGUCUGCUUAUCUCGAAAUUGUGUUUGCACUAAAUUAGUGAACAUAAUGUUUCAAGUUGCGAUUUUAGCAGAACUAGUACACGGUCGCUGAUUUGAGACGUUCCAUUUAUGAUAUAAAACAUUGGAUAUACAUUCCGAAGUAUAAUACAAUUGUUGACAUAAUUGUGAAAAUCGGGUACUUAAGACGCGGAUCUCUUUACUGUCCAAAUAAGACGAACUUGUACCAUUGCUCGGCACGAUUGCUUGUGUAAAUUUACAUAUUUAAAGUGUUCUUAAUAUCAACUGCAAUACAACUGCAAUAAACUUUAAUGAGCUACUGAAAAUAAACUAAAACGGAUUAACAUUCAGUGUUUAUUUCGGACAGAUAAUUAAAGUUUGAUAUUUCAAAUUGAGGUUUUAUAUAAAAGAAUAAUAUUAAAUAUAAAAUGGUUUACCAGUUUAAUAUUCAAGACUGAAUACUAAAUACCUUAAUAAAGAUUCAAUAAAAAAAUGACGUAAAUAUGCACAUGCUACCAAAAUAUUUUGUUGGAAAUUAAUGAUUGACAAUCAUGGUUUCAAAAAAGUGAACGUCAGUGUUAAUUAGAAUUCAUUUGAUUAUAUGCUUGUGCAUUCAUUAAGCGUCCUACGUUUGCGUCGAGCGACGCCGCGUUAAGCCUCACCAGGAGCCACACAGAGGAUCGAUCACGUGAUCGGGAUGCUGCGGACGCUUCCUCCGCAGGGUUUGGACAGUCAUGGUGGCCUAAUGAAUCCCGUCAAGCGCUUCCGUCGCGAUGGGAGUCUCGUGGAGACCGAUAGAGAAUCUUCCGGGAGUGGGUCCCCGGACGGCGGAUAUAACCGGAAGUACACCGGCAAAUCUUCGUCGAUGAAAUCAGAGUCGAACGCCGACGACAGUCAUGUGUUCACAGACGAGGAGAGUGUGAUGGACGAAGAGGAGAGAGCGAUGUUAGGGGAGGCAACUCUCCAUGUGGAUGUCAACGGCAACAGCAGUCAGGGGCCAAAGAAAACGGUGGCCCAAAUAAUGCGCGACAAAAAGAAGCAAACCCAGUUGACUUUGCAAUGGUUGGAAGAAAACUACUGUAUCUGUGAAGGUGUCUGCCUACCAAGGUGUAUUCUCUAUGCGCACUAUCUGGAUUUCUGUCGCAGAGAGAGUCUAGAGCCAGCAUGCGCAGCAACGUUCGGGAAGACGAUUCGCCAGAAAUUCCCGCACCUUACCACGCGACGACUGGGCACACGAGGUCAUUCAAAGUACCAUUAUUACGGGAUUGGGAUCCGAGAAACGAGCCAGUACUACCACUCAGUCUACACGGGGAAAGGCCUGACCCGAUUUUCUGGCUGCAAGCUAAAGAACGAGGGAGGGUUCACCAGAAAGUAUUCUCUAAGCUCGAAGACGGGCACAUUACUUCCGGAGUUUCCAAGUGCCCAGUAUUUACUUUUACCGGCAAAUAUUCAGAGAGAAAAGGUGGAGACAUUUAUAAUGAUGUACAAAACACACUGCCAGUGUAUUCUGGAUACUGCAAUAAAUGCUAACUUUGAAGAGAUUCAGAACUUUUUGCUACAUUUUUGGCAAGGUCUGCCCGAACAUCUACUGCCGCUUGUAGACCAGGAAAUCAUUAUAGAUAUUAUAUGUGUGUGCGACUCUAUAUUGUACAAGGUUUUGACGGAAGUCCUCAUUCCAGCGACCAUGCAGGAAAUGCCUGAAACGUUGCUUUGCGACAUCAGGAACUUCGCCCGCCACUGGGAAAGCUGGAUGACUUCUGCCCUAGACAAUCUACCGGAUCCGCUCUCAGAACAGAAACUCCCGGUAGCGCGACGGUUCGCAUCCGCGUUGAAACGGCAGACGUCGUUCCUACAUCUCGCUCAGACUGCGAGGCCUGUCCUAUACGACGCCCAGUUGGUCAACCAGAUGAUCAGUGACGUCGACCGUAUCGAUCUGACGUCUAUCGGUACGCAUGCGCUGAAUGCCAACAAUGAUGGCGACCAAGACAUCGAGCUCAAUGCCGAACUGUUGCGCGAGUUUAAGGAUCUUCUGCGGAAGCAGGCGACAGUUGAAGCGUUCACGGAAUGGUUGGACCAGGUUGUGGAACAGAAAAUCAUUAAGCCCAGCAAACAAAAUGGCCGCUCAUUCAAAAAACGAGCCCAAGACUUCCUGCUGAAAUGGUCGUUCUUUGGCGCUCGAGUCAUGCAUAAUCUAACGUUAAACAAUGCUCAAUGCUUUGCAUCAUUCCAUCUCAUCCGAAUGCUGUUGGACGAGUACAUUCUUCUGGCAGUAGAGUGUCAACUUCAUAAUGAGAAGGAGACCGAAGUUCAAACAUUAUUAGACAAACACAUGAAAGCUGACGAAGUUGGUACGCGGCCACCCUUGGAUACCACUCCUAGCACUUGCUUCGUUGCUAACCGGGUAACUAAGGGCGUGACGUCAGACGUGAAAAAGGAGACGUUCAUUUCUGGCCACAUGGGCGGUGGUGGCGCUUUUAGGGAAUUUCCGGCUCCGGAUAGAGAGAACUACCAGAAUCCGUUGCGUUCAAUAAACGACCUGGUUGGUUCGCAGCCGAUGCCGGGUCAGAUAUUAACGCCGCCAAUCUCCCCCUCCAUGUCGAACAUAGCCGUGCCCAAUCCCACCCGGGGCUCCGUCAUCAACCCCGGGCCUCUGUACAACAGCGUCUCGUCACAGCACUCCUUCAUGCAGCCCUCAUUCUCAUAUAUGCCUCAAGAUUUGAGUAAUGUUACGCCGCCACAUUGGGGAAGCACCGGAAGUGCCUUCCGGAACCCGUAUGCAGCUUCCGGUGGAUUCUACUCCAUGAAGAACGACUUCGAUAAUUACUAUUACAAUGACAGUGUCACAGAUUCUCUUUACAAUGGUUUCCCGCCAUUUUCGGUGUUGCAGUCAGGGCCAGGGUCGCACAGUUUCCAGCAGAAUUGCGUGCAGCAGACGGGAUCGGCUUUUAAUAUAGUGUCAAGCAAUAGCGGCUAUGCGAACAAUCAAGCGAAUUUCGCGCCUCAAGAUUUCGGGUUUUCUACGGGAGGCUUUGGUCACCACCAGAAACCGCUGGCCGAGUACGUGCCCGUGAUUCAGGCCCGUCCGCAGCUUAGUCAGUACCCGGACUACACCAGUAACGAUCCGUUAAAUAUACUGGACCGACCCCACAGACACAAGGAGCACUCCGGACUUUACAACACAAGUCCCGCCAGUUGCCAUAGUCCCCGCCAUCACGACCAAGUGAACCCCGAUGAUAUUCUGAACAUCGCAAUGACCGGAAUGCUCAGCGUUGAUCACGACCUUCAUCAAGCAUUCAAUGACCCGGGACCUCUGCCGUCAAUCAACACAGUAUUUGACGUCAAAAACAUGUACUAGCUAGCGAAUCGUCUGUCUCAAUGUCACGAGCAAACACAACGUUUGUAAAUUAGCAUGAUAUGUAAGUGCUACUUCUGACAUUACAGCGAUUGAAUCUUCAUCCUUCGUGAUACCUUUAAAGUAACAUGCUUAAAGUGGAUUUUGUCGUAUACCGCAAUUUAAAUACGUCAAAACACGUGCUGUGUACGCCGUUUAACUUUUACAACGGUUUGAAGCUUUACUUUGUCUACUGUUGAGCUCGUUGUGUGUUAUUAGUGCUACAAAUACAAUACAUUCAUGAGACACGUACAUAACGUUAUUUUUUAAACCUUACAAUAAUUAAAUUAGUGCAUUACAAAGGCCUUGCAGUUAUACUCGACGCAGCUGAUCAUUGUAAAUUGCCAUUUAAUUUUUAUAACGAUGCAUGCAUAGAAAUGGUUAUUUUCACACGUUUUAUAAUUAAAAUAUGUUAUUGUUAAGGUAUGGUUUUAUGUAAAAAUGCUUGAUGUUUGUUACAAUAAUUUUGACGUGUUCUAUUACGCAACGUCGAUUACGGUUCAAUGUUGAGUUGUAUUGCUACAAACAUAGCGAGUAAUAAGUGUGCGGGUACAUUUAUGUGUAUAAUAAAAGUAUACUUUUAUUUAAAACGAAACUACUUGACAAGUACAACACGUGGAAAGCAAACAAAUUCAAAUGUGCAUGUAUUUGUAAAUGUACACUACGAUGAUAAGACGUUUCUUGAGAUACUUACUAACGUCCUCUAAACGCAUGAUAUGCGAGUCUUUUAGUUUCAUUAUAUUCCUUUUAAACUCACUGGAGGUGUGUCGUUUGUUAAUCAAUAAUAAACAAUCUUUUUUCUAAAGUAAUGUAUAGAACGAGGCGUGGCACACUUGUCGCGUUCUUUUUUUCAUUGAUAAAUUUAUAUUAUUUACAAGCAUUAUUAUAUACUUAAAAUUAACAGUCGUUUUCUUGCCGUAUGUGAUCGCUAAAUUACAUGUACAUUGAACCGGAUACCAAAGUGAGCUACUAGUAUUAUCAAUGAAACCAACUUUAUUUUGUUGUGCAUGUACCCUUAUUUAUCAGGUAUUUAUUUAUUGUUCUUUCUUAUUUAUUAUGAUUAGUAUCCAGCGAUAAUCAGAAACAAUAUCACUUUUGAACGUUUAAGCACAUUUAUGAUUACUUAUAUUAUCAGAACACCAAGUUGUCGAUUUUUUUUUUAUUCAGAGUCAAUUGUUUUAAGGACGUGUUUAUGGCCUGUGUUAUUUUAUACAUUAAUAGGGGAACGACAAACAGAAUCCCAUAUAAAAUGUGAAAAUUAUGCUAUUUAGAUUUAUUGUUUUCUUCUCGUGUAUUGCACAAUUCUGUUUAAUCGUGUUCGCUUCGGUUGGUUGUCGAUCUACAUGCUGUUGUCACCUAUACUUAUAUUAUGAUGACAAAUGCAAUAUCAUGUGACUUUAUUUAAGGUUGUCAAGUUCUAGUACAAUAAUGUAGUUUUAAAAGUUCUUAAACUCUUAAAAAAACGUGCGCAAAACCAGUCCACCGACACUAGUUAAAAGGUGUAAUUUAGCAGCCAUCAGAUUGUCUCUUCCAACAUUCUACACGAAAACUGAGCAGGGUCAUUCUGCUGUAGUUCAAUGCUACAGCUAAUUGUGUGUGUUGUUUUACAUUUAUGUGUACGUUAAUACGAUGUCAUACAUCGUCAUUUGAAGCUGGAAAGAUCUGAACUGUAUAUAUAAUUAGAAAGCAUGUAUCCACGUUUAUUGUACUAAAUUGCAUCAUGCUUAUACUGUAUAUGGUUUGAAAAAGAUAUUCAAUUACAUUAAUUUCAUUUGCGAAGUCACUUAAAACAUGAUACAUUGUUCAAGACCUUCCCGUACGUUCGACACAUCAAUACUACUGAACAUAACUUUAUCAUUCACUAUUCAUCAGAUUUCUGCUAUUCAUAUAUAAUAUAGUUCAUGGCAUUCACCAUACACGUAACUGUUAUCGUUUGUGCGGCCUGUACUCAACAAACAGUUCUCAGACCUAAGUCCAAGAAUAAAUAAUAUUCUAUAAAUUGCAAAUUCAGCAACAGCUUGAAUUUUGAGUCAAACUUGGCUUUAACCUUCUAUAUCUAAAUAGUUCUUUGUGUGGAAUAAUUUGUGAAUGACAUUAUCACCAGUGGCAUUUUGUAUGUAUUCAAAUUCUAUGAAGUUCUUUAAGCUCAUCUGAGCACAAUGGUGAGCUUUUGUGAUCGCCUUAUGUCCGUCGUGAAUGCGCUGUCCGUUGUGCGUCGUUCAGCGCCAGCAUUUGCAUUGUGAACACUCUAGAGGCCACAUUCAAUUUCCGAUCAUCAUUAAACUUGGUCAGAAGAUGUGUCCCAAUGAUAUCUUUAAUGAGUAAGAAAACGGUUCUAGUUGGUUGAAAAAUAUGGCAGUCAGUGGGCGGGGAAUCUUUCCUUAUAUGGCUAUAUAUGGCUAUAGUAAAACCUUGUUUACACUCUAGAGGCAACAUUUAGUCUCCGAUCUUCAUGAAACUUGGUCAGAAGAUUUGUCCCAAAUGGACGAGUUUUAUCAUGAUUCUGGUUGGUUGAAAAACAUGGCCGCCAGGGGGGGGGGGCCGUGAAAAAAAAUCUUAUAUGGCUAUAUUUGUCUUAAGUUAAACCUUGUUAACACUCUUGAGCCAAAUUCAUGGUCCAAUUUUUAUGAGACUUGGUCAGAAGAUUUGGCUUAAUAAUAUCUUGGGCAAGUUCGCAAAUGGCUCUGGUUGGUUCAAAAACAGGAGCGCCAGAGGGCGGGGCAUUUCGCCUAAUAUUGCUAUAGCAAAAAAAAUUGAAAAUUGUAUCCUUGGCUGAAAAGCAUGACCGCCAGGGACGGGGAAGUUUUCCAUCUUAUGGCUAUAGUAAAAACGUAUUAACAGUUUAAAUGUAACAUGUAUUGUCAACUGUUUAUAAAACUUGGACAGAACAUUUGUUUUAAUGAUAUCUUGGAUGAGUUCGAAAAUGGAUGGUACCGGUAUGUUGACAAACAUGGCAGCCAGGGGACGGGAAUUUAUCCUUAUAUUGCUAUCGCAAAACAUCGUUACCACUCAAAUAUAAUUCACUCUUCAUUAAACUUUGUCAGAACAUUUGUCCUAAUUACAUCAUGUGCUGCACAGACCAGGUCAGUUCAUUUGCAUCUCAGGUGAGCGACGUCGGGUCUUACAGGCCCUCUCGGUUUGGUUCUUAGUCUAUUCUUUAUUUUUAAGUCUAAGAACGGGUUCGUGAAUACGGGCCUACGGGAUUACAUCUUGUCAUCAGAAUCUAUAUGCAGGUCACAAACGAGGUUGAAACAAUUGAACUUUUCGUAUGGAUUGUGAUCCGAUUUUGAUUGUGUAUGUUAUGUAUGUUUCUGAAAUAUUUUAAUGUUGAUAUGUUAUUAAGACUAUCUAGAAUUGUGAAAAAGAUAUAUUGCACAUUAUAAAAAAUAAAAAGGGAAACUCACAA